CAGCAGUAGCAGCCUCGCUAUCCGCCAAGCCGGCCUCGCCAUGUCCGGCGCCGGCGGCGUGGUGAAGAAGCGCGGCUCGGCCGCCUCGUCGGGGCCGCCGGAGGAGGAGGAGAAAAAGCAGAUGCUGUCCGGGGCGGCGGGCGACGGCGCGGGGCCGGAGGCUCACGAGAACGGCUGCGCACCGCUGCCGUCUCCGGGCGCCGGCGGCGGGGACCCGUGUUCGCCCGGCGUGGCCCUGAAGCGCAACAUCACGCUGCUCAACGGCGUGGCCAUCAUCGUGGGCACCAUCAUCGGCUCGGGCAUCUUCGUGACGCCCACGGGGGUAGUGAAGGAGGCCGGCUCGCCGGGGCUGUCGCUCGUGGUGUGGGCGGCCUGCGGCGUCUUCUCCAUCGUGGGCGCCCUCUGCUACGCCGAGCUGGGCACCACCAUCUCCAAGUCGGGCGGCGACUACGCCUACAUGCUGGAGGUCUACGGCUCGCUGCCGGCCUUCCUCAAGCUCUGGAUCGAGCUGCUCAUCAUCCGGCCCUCCUCGCAGUACAUCGUCGCCUUCGUCUUCGCCACCUACCUCCUCAAGCCCAUCUUCCCUGCCUGCCCCGUCCCCAUCGGCGCCGCCAAGCUCGUCGCCUGCCUCUGCGUUCUGCUGCUCACAGCCGUCAACUGCUACAGUGUGAAGGCCGCCACCCGUGUCCAAGACGGCUUCGCGGCCGCCAAGCUCUUGGCUCUUGCCUUGAUCAUCAUCCUGGGCUUCGUUCAGCUGGGAAAACACGGUCCUGGAAUCCUGAGCCCUGAACACUCCUUUGAUGGCACGAAAUUGGAGGUUGGGAACAUUGUCUUGGCCUUGUAUAGCGGUCUCUUCGCAUAUGGAGGCUGGAAUUACUUGAAUUUUGUCACGGAAGAGAUGAUCAACCCUUACAGAAACCUGCCUCUGGCCAUCAUCAUCUCCCUGCCCAUCGUCACCUUGGUUUACGUCUUGACCAACCUGGCUUACUUCACAACGUUGUCUGUGGAUCAGAUGUUGGUGUCGGAAGCCGUUGCUGUGGAUUUUGGGAACUAUCACCUGGGCGUCAUGGCUUGGAUCAUCCCCGUCUUUGUUGGCCUGUCGUGCUUUGGCUCAGUCAAUGGGUCACUCUUUACUUCAUCCAGGCUGUUCUUUGUUGGUGCUCGUGAGGGACACUUGCCUUCUGUUCUGUCUAUGAUCCAUCCCAGGCUCCUCACGCCAGUGCCUUCACUCGUCUUCACAUGCCUCAUGACUUUGCUCUACGCCUUCUCCAACGACAUAUUCUCGGUCAUCAACUUCUUCAGCUUCUUCAACUGGCUCUGCGUGGCCCUGGCUAUCAUCGGCAUGUUGUGGUUGAGAUACAAGAAGCCAGAGCUGGAGAGGCCUAUAAAGGUGAACCUCAUUUUGCCCAUCUUCUUCAUCCUGGCCUGCAUAUUCCUGAUUGUUGUCUCUUUCUGGAUGACCCCAAAGGAGUGUGGCAUUGGCUUCACCAUCAUUCUCAGCGGGGUCCCCGUUUACUACUUUGGGGUUUGGUGGAAAAACAAACCAAAGUGGCUUCUCCAGCUCAUAUAUUCCACGACAGUCCUGUGCCAGAAGGUGAUGGAGGUUGUCCCACAGGAAUCUUAAAACUAGAGGAAAGGCAUUCGGUCCAAACCAACGCACAAUAUUAUUUUGAAAACCACAAGUACGUCGGACUCUUCGUUCAGCAAGAAAGUAAACCUCGAAGCCAGGGGCCUGACAGUGACAAGUCCCUAGACCCCUGCUGCCUGCAUGGCCCUCCCCUCUUCCCUCCCUCCCUCCCCUUCCCCCCAAGCCAGGCAGCUGACCAGAGGCAGGAGGCAAAGAGUCCCAGGUGCAAAUUUAAUGCAGGAAGAGAAGCUUCUGCUGGGAACCUCAAGAGGCCUCAGUAGACCCACCAACAGGGAAGCCAACAGGAUGGCAAUGUUUACAUGUGCAGCUGUGGGCUGGACUCUUUGGUCUGUCCUUUGCUUGGUCCUCUCUUUCAUUAGCGGCCUAAGUUUCUCCACCCUGAGUUCCUUUACAAAAGGAAAAUGAGAGUUGCCAAGAAUCACCAGCAGGCCCACAACUGCCCCCUCCACAUGUCCAGAAAGAACAAAGAAUCCAACGCAACUGAUUCUCUUGCCGGCGGAGGGUUUUCCUGGGGUACAAAAAAAUGUCUGUGCCCCUCCCACCCCGAUCUUUACACUCCUUAAAACAGAUGGACACACACACACAGGCAAAAACAAGGAAAACUGUGACGCUGAAAUUGUGGACUUGCACAGAUAUCAACUUAAUUCCACUCGCAAAAAGACUUGGCUGCCCCAACAUGAACUCUUUUUUUUUUUAAUUAUUAUUGUUGUUAAUUAUUUUUUUUUUAGGGAUCUGCUUUUUAUUUUCUCCCCCUUUUUCCCUUUUAAGAUUCCUAUGUAGUUCCGCUUUGUAUUUGACUUGCAAUAAACGUUUUGUAUAUGGUCA